AUGUCUGGAUCUGCCGGUUUCGAUAGACAUAUCACAGUGUUCUCCCCCGAGGGAAGACUUUAUCAAGUGGAAUAUGCAUUUAAGGCAAUAAACUCAUCAAAUAUUACGUGCCUGGGUAUUGUGGGUGAAGACAGUGCUGUUUUUGUUUCGCAGAAGAAGAUUCCAGACAAAUUGUUGGAUCCUCAGUCGAUCUCGUACAUCUUCCAGAUCUCUCCAUCCGUGGGAAUGCUAGCUACUGGUUCAAUUGCAGAUGGGAGAUCUUUGGCUAUAAGGGCCCGGUCUGAAUCUGCCGAAUUUAAGUAUAAGUACGGAUAUGAGAUGCCAGUGGAUGCAUUGACAAAGAGAAUGGCCAAUUUGGCACAGGUUUACACCCAAAGAGCUUAUAUGAGACCCAUGGGAGUGUCACUUAUGUUUAUUGGUGUGGACGAUGAACUGGGACCAUUAUUAUUGAAGACAGAUCCAGCUGGAUAUUACAGCAGUGCACAAGCUAGCGCCACUGGGCCGAAACAACAAGAAGUUGGCACUGCUUUGGAAAGAGCAUAUAAGAAAAAGGUCAAGAAUGGAGACAGAGACGAAGACGGCAAAAGGAAACUUCUCGUUCCAGGUGACUGGACUAAAGUGCUAGAGUUCGCUAUUACUACACUAGGCAAUACAUUGAGUACGGAAUUUAGAAAGAAUGAUUUAGAAGUGGGUGUGGCUACUAAAGAUGGAUUUAGAGUGUUGAGUUCUGACGAGAUCGAUGAGAGAUUGGUGUCGAUCGCGGAGCAGGAUUAA